UGGGCCUUGAUAGGGCCGUCAUGAAUAUGCAAACAGUGCGAGGAUCGCCGGAGCCUCUGUCGGGCCCCGGAUCGCCGAGCCUGGGGCUGGCCUUUAUGCUGAGUUCUGAGUCCCAGCCUGAUGCGAUGGAUUCUAAACCUCAGUCGCUGUGUUCUUCAUUUUCCAUUACUGCUGCCAAUGGCCGUAAAGAAUCCAAAGCACCUUCCAGCAGCCCUGAGAUAGGGGAUGCUCGUCCAAAGCCACCCGUGAAACCCAAGCCCUGUGUUCUUCCUAAGCCAGCUGUGCCAGUGAAACCUAGGCCUGGACUGCGUCAGUCUCUUUCCGAGGUGCCUUCUGCAGAAAAGAUCAAUUUGUUGGCUGGGCCUAAGCCUUAUAGCAGUGGAGCUGGCAGUACUGUAAAGCGUCUUUCCUUUAACCUGAAAUGCUCUCCAAGAGAAAUUACCAAUGGGAAAGAAGUUUCAUCUUCUUUCUCCACUGCAGGCAAGUUAUCUGAAGAUAAUGAAGAUGCUGAGCCCACAAAAAAAUCCAGUGCUAUCGAAGGAGCUUCCGGGGAGGAAUGUAGAGAAUCCUCUAGUAUACACAAAUGCACGCUCCCCUUUAAAGUGAAACCGGUGCCAGUAGCAACCAAGCCGGAGCGUUUUCCUGGGACUACAGUGGAGGAAAUCUUGGCCAAAAUAGAAAAACCCAGCAACGAGGCUCCAAUCAGCUCUGACAGGCCUCGGCUAGUACGCUCUUUCUUCAGCCAGGAUGGUGGUUCAGCUGUUCACCUGGGGCCUAAGGGUUAUGUGGCUUUCCGGAGGAGUUCCAGUGGAGAAGAAGGAGUAGGAACAGAUCCAGAAGGUCCUGCUUAUCGAGUCUCCUAUGAAGUUAAGGAGAGGAGAUUGUCAAGGAACACGGAAUUAAAGGAAGAAAGUAGGAGCUCAAAUGGGCAGCAUGUGCCUGAAUCUCAACAGCCCGAGGCAGAGGUCAAAAGAAAUGUGGUUUUCCUUCCUACAGACAGCAGCUCCAGCCAGACUAGCAUGAGCUGUGAAGGAGACCAACUUGGACCCAGCAGUCCACUGUCUUCUCCUGGUACCAAACUCUCUUCCAGAGUCACACCUGGAUCUCCUGAUGCCCCUUCUGAAACAACCCAACCCCCUGGUGCCCCAUACUUUCCAACAGAUGUCCCAUGUAGUGAAGCUCUGCUUUCACCAGGCUCCCCUGAGGGAUCUGCUAAACCCUCCAGAAGUCCUCUGGAAGUCUCUGUCAGUCAUGUUCAGACUGCAGAUUCCCCUGUGACCAUUGCAGAUCCCUGGCCUCCAGGAUCCCCCAUUAAGACUUCUCCAGGACAGUCCUUGCUCUCAGGUUUGGCAAGUGUUUCUGCAAGAUACCCUGAGGUCCCUCUUCUUCCUGAACAUCAUGCCAGUUUGAUCCAUCCGCCUGUUGAAUAUAAUCUGGAGUCUCACCAAUGUCUUAUGGGAGUCUCAGAGUCCCCCGGCUCCCCUAGCAUUCUUCCAAAGUGCCAUGUUAGUUCUGAUCAGCCUCCAGGUUCCCCUUCAUGCAUACCAGAUACCCUACUUGGUAGGGACAAAGAUUAUCUCGAAAAUCAAGCACAGAUGCCUCCUUUUGAGGACAAGGCCCCCCAACUAGUUCAGCGGCGUGCUUCAGAGGGAGUAGUGCAACCACGGGGUAAAAAAAUGGUCAGGGAAGAACUAGGAGGUUCCUUAGCUGCACUGCCAAGAGAAAAGGGCCUAUCUGUAGAGCAGACUUUAGGAGGGGAGUCUAGUUGGAGUCUGUCACAGUCAUUUGAAUGGUCAUUCCCUAAUCAGGGUCUUGAGUUUGGUGGGAAGAGACUAGUAUCUCCUCCCAACUCUCCCAUUAAGGAACACGAUGAUGACAACCUUUUGGAAGCAGAAUUGGGUGGAGAGAUCCCUCCCCUUCAGGGAUUAGAUCAAGAGACAGGUCCAGAGGGACAAAUCAGGAGAGGGGAGGAGACUGAGACUAGUGGGUACAGUGCCAGCAACUGCGAGGAAGCUAAAAGGAACUGGAAGAAGAUUGAGGGGCAGCUAGAAUCCCAAUGUACCCUUGAGUUGUCAGCACCUGGUGGUCCCUCUGUUCAGAGAAAGAAUGAUAGCCCCAAUCUAAAAGGCCCUGUGGUGGCAGAAGAGGUUACUUUUCAAGAGGAUCAUGAUGCUUUCCUCCAUUUUUCCCCAACCCAUGAGGAAGGGGCUCUACGAGCAAUGGAGCCAUUGCCAAGUGUAGAGCAGACUGCUCCUCCUGCAGAGCCUUGCAUCUUGUUCUCAGAAGGUGCCCAGGUGCAGACGGCUGCUUCUUGUCAGGAAGACUCUGAUGCCCUGUGUGUGGCACAGGAAGCCAAGAUGGGGAACUCUGACCUGCUGCAUGGAGUUGAACCUGAUCCUAGUUCACGUUGGCUGGAUGAGCUUCUGGCAUCUCCUCCACCCAGUGCUGAUGAUACAAAGAGAAGGAGCUCACCCAAGGUGGAAGACCCCACAGGACCACAGGAUCUUCUUGGAUGGUCACGGAAGGACCUUCAUAGUGAGUUUGGCAUCGUAGGUGCUGAUCGUUCUGAUACCUUUGGCUUGGGUUGGACUGCUGAUGAGACCCAAGUAAAAUGGCCUGGAGAAGCAGAACAGGAUCGAGAGUUUGGCACUGGCUCGCGGGACUGGUCAAACUCAUAUACUGUUGGUAAUGCCAAAAGUCAGGAUAUGGAAUUUGGUUCCAGCCAGCAGGAAUGGGCUAGAGGAUCACCAUUAUUGGGCAGUUCCAGUCCAGGGCAAGAAGAAUGGCUCACUUCCUAUGGCAGCCAUUGUGCUGAUCAUCCCACUGAGGAGUCAGAUUGGAGCAGCACAUACAGCAUCAGUACUACUGAGGGUCAGGACACAGAACCCUAUAUGAGGAGGCCAGGCUGGCCUACACUCUGCAGUGCUGGCAGUGAUCAACAAAGUAGUGAGUUUGCAGUUGAGAAGGCAGGUUGGAGCAGCCACUAUCAUGCUGGUGCUGCUGAAACAACUGACUGGCCGAGCAAAUGCCAUGUGGAAAAUGUCAGUUGUCCAGAAUCAGAUGUCAGCCCUGAAUCAUCAAAGGUGCCUAGCAAAUGCACUAUUGAGAGCCACCAGGAAGCAGAGUUCAGUGUCAAACAUUCAGAUGACAGCUCCCCAGUUUCUGUGUUCAGUGCCAGCAAUUUAGGCUGGCCUAGUGAAUCUGAUUCUGGCAGUGGUACUAGUCAACCACAAAGAGAGUUCUGUGCCCAUCAAGUGGAACAAUCUAGUGAACCUCAGAAUCAUCCAGAACCGCAGAUUAGUUCCCAGCAGGAACCAGGACCAGAUACAUAUGGCUUUGAGGAUGGCAGCUGUCCAGAGUUUAAACUGAAUGUCAGACAGUCUGACUGGGCUAACAGAUGUGAUACAGAAAUUGCCCCAAACCAAGGUGAUGAGUUCAGUGCUGGUAAACCUGAUGGAGCCAAAGAAUAUGACGGCCAGACAGGCUGUGGAAUUGGAAUAGGUAGUGGAAUCAAAGGCAGUAACUCUCAAAGGGAGGCUGAUAAUCAGGAGUUCUGUGCCCAAAGGUCAGUCUGGUUUGAUGACUAUAACUUGAGGGAAUUUGAACCAGGAGAGAGCACUCCUCCUGGUGCAGGAGAUUGGGUCAAAGACCCUGAUUUCUCAGGAAGCGAGGAGAUCAAUGCUACAGGACAUGAUUUAACUGCUGAAUUUGGCUCAUUAGAUUUAUCUGAUCAAAAAGUUGCAGUCAGUUUGGAGGAAUCAACUGACAGCCUAGCACAUCAAGCUGGGAACUUAACAAAUUUGGCCAUGGACGAACCCGGAGGAAUUGGAGAAGGGGAACCUGAAUGGACUGAAGAUCUUGGCCUUGGAAGUUUGGCUAUUUCCAGUGACUUAAAAGUUGAGAGCUUAGAAGCUUAUAAAAAACCUGUGGAGAAGCAGCUUGACUGGGUUCUUCCUAUUGGCAUGGAAACUUCAUCUGCCUCAUCAAAUACAAGAUCUGUGAAUGCAGAGGGAGGCAGAGAACAUGAUGAUGGACAAGCAGAUUUAUUCAAUGAUGUGGAUGUAUCUGGCACUGAAAACGCAGAUGUUUCUGAUUUGAGACCCAAGGCUUUGGACGGGACUGAAGUGGCACAUGGGGACCAGAGCCAUCACUUUGGGGCUACUGGUUUAGAUGAUGAUGUGAUGCAGCAUCAAGGAGCAAUACCAGAAUCUGGAGAGAGCAGAAAAUGCCGUACUCAGCGCCUGUCCAGUCCCAGCUGCCUGCUGGAAGGAAUGGUUUCCAGUAGUGCCAACAGACCAGAAGUCCAGCAGAAGAGGCCUGCCUCCUUCCAUAGCUGCCAUUCAGAAGAGGAGAGGAGGCUGAGUGACUUGCCCAGUGAGCUGGUGCCAGCAGCUGAAAAGAUCAGGCCAUCUCCAUUCCCAUUGGAGGAUGUAGGAGAGGUUUUGUCUGAUAUUGAUGGUGAGGACAGCCAGUUGAAUAGUGGAAAUGGGAGUCAGCUGCCUGUAAAGCAAAACAGAAGUCAAGCCACGCAACCUAUUUCCCAGGAUGAUUAUACUUCAGAGGGGGCUGGAGCAUUGACAAAAGAACAUUUCAUCUUCUUGGAGGAUACAGAAAUUCUCGAUAAUACUGCACACCGUGACCGUGCAAAUUUGGGUCGCAAGCGGGGUCAUCGGGCCCCAAUCACCCGAGCAGGAGGUACUCUGUUAGAGAAUGACAGGAACAGUUGGAUGUUCAGAGAUUCUACAGAGCCCCAGUUAGUUUCUACGGCCUCUGAUGAAGAAGCGCACGAGGAGUCAAAGAGCAAAAAGUCACGAAGCUCUCCAUUGUCCAAGGGGGUAAAAGUACCCCUCUUCCCAGGCCUCAGUCCUUCAGCUUUGAAGGCUAAAUUGCGAGGGAGAAACCGCUCUGCUGAAGAAGGGGAUCCACAAAGUGAAGUAAAGGAGGCUGCUGUACACCGUUCUAAAUCAUGCAAGAUUGGCAGUGCCAGUGGGAAGCCUCUGGUGCUGCCACCUAAGCCAGAGAAAUCCUCAGGGUCAGAAACCUCCUCACCCAACUGGCUGCAGGUUCUGAAGCUGAAAAAGAAGAAAAGUUGAAAUCCAACCAACCUUCAGAUAUGCUCUCCUACUUCUGGGGCCUUAGCAGAUGUUCCGAUCAGCUUUUUAUGGGUUAGAGACACAGUCCCCAUCUAACAACUUGGAGGGAUUUGGGGGAGGGAAGGGAUUUGUGGGGAGAGGGAAGAUGAAGCACAUUUAUGCACUUUGUAUCACAUUCACUCACUCAUGCAUAUGGCGGUCAAUUCUCUCUGCCAUUAUAUUUCCCGUUUCCUCUUUCCUCCCCCUUCUUGUGCGCCAUACAAUUUUAUGAAUUUUUUUUUGUAAUCAAAAAUGCUUGGCACUAGCCCCUUUUCUUUCACACUAAGAUAGGGAGGCAAGACAAGGAAGUGAGGCUUUCGCUCUCUCUGCUGCCAUAUAAUGCAUUUCAGACAAAGAGGAAUGGAUUUUUUCCCCUUCAGUCACUUGAAACAAAUAAAGGUUUUAUGGCUACGAAGGCCCUGCUG